GCAUUAUGGGUAACCUGGAGACCGCCAUAUUAUGCGGCCAAGACGCCAGGAGAUUGCUUUAGUAAUUAGUGAGAUCUUAGUUACCUGUGAAGAAGAUGUGGGCUAAUCCAUGGGGUGGGUCCUGGCCCAUUCAUCAGUCUGCUUAUCAAAAUGUGCCGCAUGAACAGGUGGAUUGGGCAUCAUUAGCCAAGCAAUGGAUAGCACAGCGAGAAGCUGCACAGACCUUUGAUCAUGGCACGCUGGCACAACCACCUCCCCCACCACCUCCACCUCCACCUGUGGAGCAAGAAAUUCUUCCUGCGGAGUCUCAGCCUUCAAGCCAGGAGGAUGAAAACAGCAUGGACAUUUCAGAUGAGGAAGAAGGCAGCAGAUCUGCUAAUAGUUUAUCAGGAGGACAAGCUUCUCUCUUGCCUACUCCUUUAAAGCAAGCUUCAGGUGCAGACUGGAAUGGCAGUUGGGCUCCCUCAUCUCAAAGUGAUUGGCAAGGGGACAGUAGUCAGGAUUCUUUUGAGUUUAGUCAAGGAUCUGCUUUUAACAAGAAUCAGUUCAACUACCCACCCCCUGGAGAUGUGUUUUUUCAGCAACAGGGUGGUGCACCUGCAGUUGCAAGUAACUUUCAACAAUUUUGGCCUCCACCUGGAGCCCCGCCUCAUGCUGGGGUAGUUCCAGAAGGAUUUCCAUCCCAAAUUCAGCCCUUCCCAUCUGGUCCUGGAGGUCGACUUGAUCGCCCUGGAGGAAGAGACAGGCACUUGACAGAUGCUGGCUUUUCAGCUGCCCGCCUCAUUGGCCAGGAAGAUUCUGGCAUUGAUGCUUUGAAGCGGCGAUCUCUGCCUGCCUGGAUCAGAGAGGGUCUGGAAAAAAUGGAGCGUGAGAAACAGAAGCAGAUGGAGAGGGAACGGCAAGAGCAGGAGAGGGUGGAUGCACAGCGUGCCCGGGAAGAGGCUGAGUUGGAGGCUGCUGAGGAGUUGAGGCGUGAGCAGGAGGAGGGUGGCAGUGGAGAGGCGAGAGUCCCACGCAAGAGCCGAUUUGAUUCAGAUGAUGAAGAUGAAGGAGAUGGUCAGGAGACCAGUGCAGAUGUUCAGGCCAGGUCACAGUCCGUUUCACCAGCACCUGUUAGAUCCACAGUUGAGGCCCAAAAAAGAUCGCCAUCUCCAGAACAGUUUAAGACUGAGGAGGAAAAACAAAUAGAGCUGAUGCAGAAGGUGAAACGGUGGAUGACAGAGAUCCUUCUAGAAGUCACCAAUGAAGAGAUGGAGAAAGUAGCUCACCAGGUGUACAGCAAGGCCCGCACCCAGGCUCUCAAAGCACCAGCAAAAGUCCUCGCCAAGUCCACCGCUUUGGCGUCAAUCUCCACGCUGGGACUUGGCUAUGGAUCGGGUAGCAGUGAUGAAUCUUCUGAGAGUGAGGCCAGUGUGGAUGAUUCAGAUGAUGUCAAAGCUAAAGGGAAGUCCAGACCAGGCAAUGAGAAGGACAGAAGUUCCAGCGAGGAUGACUCUGGUUACAAACCCAAGGAUUCAAAAGCACCACAGCACUUUAAAAAUUCAUCGGUGCCAAAGAAAUCUCACUUUAGUAAUAAUGAGGAAUUGAUUCCUGGUCUUGAUUUGGUUAAAGGGGAAGACAGUGUAGACAAAGUGAGAGUUAAACAGGAGCCCAGACUUCCUGAGUCAGAGGAGCAUGUAGAGCAGAAUGUUAGGUCAGAGAAAGGAGACACAAAGUCCAAAGAAAAAUCUCGAGGGGUGGUGAAAAAAGAAGACACUGUGGAGAAAUCCGGAGGAACCACAAAGUCAGAGGAGAGCUCUGGCAGCACUAGUGACUCUUCAUCUUCUGGCUCUUCCUCAGACUCUGGGUCCAGCAGUAAAUCAUCUGCUUCAGAGGAGUCCAGUCCGAAAGCAAAAAAGAAAAAAUUACAGAGUAGGUCAAAGGCUAGUCAGAAAGCAAAAAAAGAAAAGUAUAGAUCUGUUGAUGAUGAGAAGCGCAUCAGCAGGAAGGACAGGGACAGCCGAGACGUGGAGAAAGGAAGGGAGCGCAAGAAAGAUGAGAGAAAGCGACACAAAGAGAAAAAAAGAAAGAAAGAGCAUAGCGUGGAUACAACUCGAUACAGUAGAAGCAGGAGUCAGAGCAGGGACAGGGGGAAGAGAAAGAACGGUAGUGCAGGUGAUGAAAGUGAAGACAGCCGCAGCCAAAGCAAGGAAAAAGAGAGUGCAGCUAAAAGAAAGCUAAGCUCCAGUCCUGAACAACAGCGUAGUAGAAGUGAGGAGAGGGGAAGGGAGCGUAAAAAGAAGCGUAGCACAAGUAGAGGAAGAGGGGACAGCUUAAGCCCAGAAGUGAGAAGUAGAAGUAGAGAAAAGGUUAGACGAAAACGUAGUAACAGCAGGGGAAAGGGGAGAAGCUUGAGUCCAGAGAGACGGCGAAGCAGAAGUGGGGAGAGGGAGAAAGAAAGAGACCGACGAAGAAAGCGUAGCGGUAGCAGGGAACGGAGAGCAAGACGGGACCGCAGUAGAAGUGGGGACAGUGAGCGGCGAACAAGGCCAAGUCGCAGAGACAGCCGUAGCAGGAGUAGAAAUUCAGACCGCUCACCAGACAAUGCACACAGACAUAGGAGCAGAGACAGGGACCGCCGACGUAGUAGAAGUGACUCUAAGGGCAGGGACAGUCACCACAGUAAACGCUCCCGAAAGUCUGAUGGGGAUGGCAAGGCUAAGUCCAGGAAGCGGCACCGUUCGCGGUCACCGUCUUCAGAUAGUGAGGGUGACAGUCGUCGAAGGAUGAGCAAAGACACACCCUCAUCUAAGCAGCGUUCUCACAAAGACCACCAUCGUGAUGAUGAGCAUGAGAGGAGUGGUAAGAGGUCCAGUCGAAAACACAAGAGUAGAUCCCGGUCAAGGUGGGCUUGGCAGUUUUCUCUUUUCAUGCGAGAGUGCAUGCAAGUGUGCAUAUGAAUAUGUCUGUUUUUUUCUGCAGAAACUAUUAAGUAUUUUUAUGGUGAUGGUGGUGUUGGUAGGGACUUUUUUUUUGGGGGGGGGGGUUUCAAGGGGCAAGAUGAGCUGGUGCAUUAUUCUGAGCAUUUCUGGUUGGAUUAUGGGUUAGUGACUGUAACUGCUGUAGUUUACCCCUGACUCCUCCAAUUCUGACCACUUCCUAGGUCAAAGUAUUAUGCUUGUUUUCAAGGCUACAUGGUAAGCAAGAGGAGACUGUUGAACUUUCUAUGUGACACCUGUUAAAUUGCAGUCGACCACAUGUUCUUCCUGCUGCAGGUAAGGGUCAUAAUGAUGCUUGGUUCAUUACUGUUUUGCCAUUUCUAACCCGUGCUUUUUUUUUUUUUUUUGCAGGUCACCAUCACCUCGCAGACGAUAAACAACUGCUGCCAUUUUGCUUACAUCACCAUAAAAAGUGUACAGUGUAGCUAUUUACAUUUUGGUUUGAUUUAUAAAAAUUUGUGCAUGCUUGUUCACAGGAAAAGGUUAUAAAGAUGCCAGUCACAAUCA